GUCACGCACCAGACAGACUGCAGAGUUUCGCUCUUCCUGCUCUGCUACCCUGCGACUCACUCCCUCCGGGUCCAGUUACCGAGAGGGUAAGCCUCCGGACAUCAAAGCCUGUGAUCGGAGCCAGACCUCUCCCAACCACGGCUGGCCCCUGCCCCAACUCUCACCUGCAGGGAAUGCCCUUGUGAUCACCUGCUUGGGAACCAGGAAGAGCCACCUCUCUGACCAGCUGCCAGGGCCUGUUCUGCGAGAUGACGACGGAUCUCUUUGGCCGCCGGACGGAGCCUCCACUCUCCAACAAGCUUGGCCGUGGCAGCCCUGACCUCAACAGGUCCAACAGCAUGUCCAGGCCCAGCAGCAAAGCCAUCUACCACCAGCGCAAGGACUACGCUCUCACUGUGCUGAAGCAGCAAUGGGACCUCCGGCACCAUGUUGAGCACCUCCUCACACUCCACGUGGACUCCAAGAACAUCCGCGACGUGGAUGACUGCAUUAUGCGGCUGAAGAUGCUGGAGGCGCAGGGCCGGGUCUGGGGACAGGACAUGAUCCUGGAGGUGAAGGACCAUGAGCUGCUGCUGAGCGACAUUGAGAGCAAGGAAGAGCUGGAGAGCUUCCCCCUGGAGAGCAUCCUGAGAUGCACGGCCGUCCUGGACAGCUGCACCUACGACUCCGUCCUGGCCAUCACCAUGCAGGACAGGAACCGCCAAGGGAUCAGCAUCCUCCUCUUCCAAUGCACACAGAGUGGGGCCGAGCUGAUGAAAACCAACCUGGAGAAGGCCGUCAAGGAGUGGAAGAGUGAACUGGAGAGCCAGCACAUGCUGAGGAACAGCUUGGAGACCAUGCUGUCCCAGCAGAGACCCAUCCACGGCAUCCAGGACUCUUUUGGUCCCCCCCAACCAGCACCUGCACUUGACCAGCAUUACUACCCAAAGCAGAGAGACCAGCCAGAAUGGAUGGAUGACAGAAGACAGAAAUCGCAGGACUUGGACAGAGAUUCUGAGAUUCUGAACCACGUGCUGAACGACAUCGAGCUGUUCGUGGGGAAGGUGAAGGAGGCAAGUGGUUCAUUGAACACCAAGAAGAAGAUGGCAAAGAAGAAAGGCAAGCAAAAAGGAGUGCUGCUCCCGGAGCUCGAGUACCAGGCCUGCUUCCGGAAGAUCAAAUAUGCCUGUAACCUCCUGGGGAAGCUGAAGCCUAUUUUGCAGGAGCCGAAUGCCCCGGAACUGCUCCAGCUCCUUUUCUCCAUCCUGUCCUUUACUAUAUCCAGUUGCCCCUGGUCUGACAUGGCAUCCUCCACUAUCUCGCCUCUGCUGACCAAGGAAGCCAUUGACCUGCUGGAAGAGAAUUUGGAGGGAGACGAUCAUGCCACCUGGAAGAUGCUUGGAACGGCUUGGACCCUGACGAGGGCAGAGUACCCCAAUGGACAGUCAGUGCCUACCUACCUCCCCACCUUCUCAGAUGAGUGGGUGCCUCCCUUGCCAGCACGGGAGAGCCCCACCCCUAUGGCGCAGCAGCCUGAAGACAGCGAGGGCUACUACUCAAUCAGACCUGAGCUCAUGCAAGCCAUGUACGAAUUCCAGGCCAGGAACCACAAGGAGCUGUCAGUGAGGAAGGGAGACAUGCUGGAGGUGCUGGACCAGCGGAAGAAGUGGUGGCUUGUUCAAAACAGCACUGGUGAGAGAGGCUACAUCCCCAGUAACAUCCUGGCUCCCGCAGAUCAGGAACCAUCUGUAGAGAAUGGCAUGAAUCAGGGUCCACGACAGCCCCCCAGCCUGAGGCUGAACUCUACAGCAGCAGAGGUGACAGAGUGGCUGAAGGACAAGGGCUUCUCCAGGAUCACGGUGAAGUCCCUGGGUGUGCUGACAGGACGCCAGCUGCUAGAGAUGAGCCAGGGGGAACUGAAAGCCAUCUGCCCAGAAGAUUGGAGACGCGUCGUCUUCAAGCUCUCAGCAGUUAAAACCUCCCUGGGGAUCAACCCUCAUGAUUAGUUGGCUCCCUAUGCCACUCCCUGCCAGCUGCAACAGGUUGAGGGGCUUGCAAGGACCAGAAGGGACUGAGCUCUGGGACACCUCAAUAGCUGACCUCUUCUAGAUCAGCAACCUUAUUGCUCACCUUGGAUUCUAUACAUAAGCUUCUCCUCCCCUUGCAUGCAGGUUAGGCUUGUGAUUGCUAGAGAUUCAUCUUCGCUACAGCCUUGUCAGGCUAUUUAUUCUGUGUACGACACUCCUUGGCCUCCAUUAAGGCCAGAGACUGCUGCUGAAAUGUUAUCUCCCCUAGUUAUUAAGAUACCAGAACUAGAGAGAAUGCCUGCCCCAUUGCCCCAGCAUUUAAGCUAAUGGUUCUCAACCUUUAAGACCCCCCGCCCCCCCAGAAAACACCAGCGCUUAGUUUUCACUCACUUGUCGACGAUGGGGUAGGGGAAAUAGUUAAGCAAUUAGUCUGUAGCAAAGAAGUCAGAAACAGCACAGCAGGUCAGAAUACUUUUGCCACUAUAAAUUCCUAUUUGAAAUCUCUGGGUUUACCUUGUGAGUUGUAUAGAUGCUUGCACAUUGACACAGUGCUAAUAUUGUACAUCACCCUUAAGAGGAGCUGACAGCACCCUGCUUGAAGGCUGGCUCCAUGACGGCACAGCACUGACAUGCUGCUUUAGUGUACAGAGCUGAGCUGAGGCUCUUGCAAGCUGCUGUAGGCCCCAACACAGUGAUAAAUCAGAGCAAUUUCCUACCACUAUCAGAAAUUAAAUCCCCACCUAUUUACUAAAGAGCAUUGCCCACCCCCGCCAAAUCCUCCUUUAGGAAAGAAGCCUCCCCUUGGAGAGAAAGUAUUAAGAUAAGGACCUCCCCCACUGAGUGCAAAGGAGAAAAGCAGAUGCAACCCAUUUAAAAACAGGUUGAAAUCCAGUUGUCAGGUCUAGUUUGUCCUUUCUGCUGCCCGAGCCCCCGAGGGUGGAAGGUUCCUAUAAAAAUUCAGAGAUUCAAUGUGCAAUAGUGGAAGUUGUGUAGGACAGAAAGCCUCAGUAGCAAGAAAACAAGUCCAAAGUCUCUCUUAUGCUAGGACAGGCUCACACCUGCAGAGAUAAGAUGCCUGUGAAGAGAUACCCAGUUCUCACAGGUGCUUUUACUCUAGAGUAGCCUAAGGCUGAGGUAUUGCCUAACUGGAUAAAACAAGCGUUGCAGAGAAUUUGUACCUGGAUGUUUUAUUUAUAGCCCGAUGUUGUUGACUCUACAAGCAAUAAAGAAAUGGAAUCAGAAGCUCACUUGCAGUGUUUGAGGAAGUGAAUAAAGAGCUUUUGCAGCCUGCCGUGGUGUCUUCUGGCAGGCACAAAGCUGAAAAGGUC